GCCGCGGAGGCACCGGAAGGAGCGGCGGCUGCCGAGGGAAGCGUCGGGCUGCGGCCGGGAUUCCGCGGGCCUCGCUGCGAACCGUUUUGCGGCCCUGCGGAGCCGAGCGCGCAGGGCUGCGAGGAGGAGCGCUCGGGCGGCGGGCGGCGGCGGAGGUAUUGCUUGAUUUGGAAAACCUUGAAAAACAGGGAAAAAAGUGUAAGAAAAUGACGACUUUUCGAAAUCAUUGUCCACAUUUGGAUUCAGUUGGUGAAAUAACAAAAGAGGAUUUGAUACAAAAAUCUCAUGGAGCUUGUCAGGACUGCAAAGUCAGAGGACCCAAUCUGUGGGCAUGCUUGGAAAACAGGUGUUCCUAUGUGGGCUGCGGCGAGUCACAGGUCGACCACAGCACCAUGCACUCACAGGAGACCAAGCAUUAUCUGACUGUGAACCUCACCACUCUUCGAGUGUGGUGUUACGCUUGCAGCAAAGAAGUAUUUUUGGAUAGAAAAUUGGGGAGUCCUCCUUCAUUGCCUCAUGUAAGACAACCUCAACAAACACAAGACAACACUGUCCAGGAUUUUAAAAUACCCAGCAAUACAACACUGAAAACCCCUCUGGUUGCUGUAUUUGAAGACCUGGAUAUAGAAAUAGAAGAAGAAGAUGAGCUGAAGGCGAGGGGCCUUACAGGUCUAAAAAACAUUGGAAAUACUUGUUAUAUGAAUGCAGCUCUCCAGGCUCUUUCUAACUGCCCACCUUUGACGCAGUUCUUUCUUGAUUGUGGAGGACUGGUUAGAACAGAUAAGAAGCCAGCAAUUUGUAAAAGUUAUCUCAAGCUAAUGACAGAAUUGUGGCACAAGAGCAGGCCGGGAUCUGUUGUGCCUGCUAAUCUGUUCCAGGGAAUUAAAACUGUAAACCCAACUUUCCGAGGCUAUUCUCAGCAGGAUGCCCAGGAAUUCCUUCGCUGUUUAAUGGAUCUGCUUCAUGAGGAGUUGAAGGAGCAGGUCAUGGAGAUAGAGGAAGACCCUCAAACACUGACUUCUGAGGAAGCAGUGGAGGAGGAGAAGAGCCAGUCGGACGUGGACUUUCAGUCCUGCGAAUCUUGCAGCAGCAGUGAGAAAGCGGAGAAUGAGAACGGCUCCAAAGGCUUCGCUGAGGACAGCAGUGAGACCACCAUGCUCAUCCAGGAUGCCGACGACCUGGAGAUGGCCAAGGACUGGCAGAAAGAGAAGAUGUGCAACAAGAUCAAUAAAACAGAGUCUGAAGUAGAACUGGAUAAAGAUAGAGACACCGUAUGUGACGCAGUUGACCUGAACAGCCAGGAGACUGUCAAAGUGCAGAUACAUGGCAGAGCUUCAGAAUAUAUCACUGACGUCCAUUUGAAUGACCUGUCCACAUCACAGAGUCUUCCAUCCAACGAAAGCGUUAAUACACGUUUAUCAGCAAGCCCACCUAAGUCAGGCAACCUGUGGCCGGGACUGACACCUCCACACAAAAAAGCUCAGUCUGCAUCUCCAAAGAGAAAAAAGCAGCAUAAGAAAUACAGAAGUGUCAUUUCUGACAUAUUCGAUGGAACAAUCAUUAGUUCAGUACAGUGUCUGACGUGCGACAGGGUGUCUGUAACCCUCGAGACCUUUCAGGAUCUGUCCUUGCCGAUUCCUGGCAAGGAAGACCUGGCCAAGCUGCACUCCUCCAGCCACCCCACCAUAGUCAAAGCAGGCUCGUGUGGUGAAGCGUACGCGCCACAGGGCUGGAUAGCUUUCUUCAUGGAGUAUGUCAAGAGGUUUGUUGUCUCAUGUGUCCCUAGCUGGUUUUGGGGUCCAGUAGUAACCUUGCAAGAUUGUCUUGCUGCCUUCUUCGCCAGAGAUGAACUUAAAGGUGACAAUAUGUACAGUUGUGAAAAAUGCAAAAAGUUGAGGAAUGGAGUAAAGUUUUGUAAAGUACAGAAGUUUCCUGAGAUCUUGUGUAUUCACCUUAAGAGGUUUCGGCAUGAGCUGAUGUUCUCUACUAAAAUCAGCACCCACGUCUCCUUCCCUCUGGAAGGCCUGGACCUUCAGCCAUUUCUUGCAAAGGAUAGCCCGGCGCAGAUUGUGACCUACGACCUCCUGUCAGUCAUCUGUCAUCAUGGGACUGCAAGCAGUGGGCACUACAUCGCUUACUGCCGCAACAGCUUAAAUAACCUGUGGUAUGAGUUCGAUGACCAGAGCGUCACUGAGGUCUCCGAGUCCACCGUGCAGAAUGCCGAGGCCUACGUCCUUUUCUACAGGAAGAGCAGUGAAGAGGCCCAAAAGGAGAGGCGGAGGAUAUCGAAUCUGCUGAACAUAAUGGAGCCUAGUCUCCUUCAGUUUUAUAUAUCUCGACAGUGGUUAAAUAAAUUUAAGACCUUUGCUGAACCUGGCCCUAUCUCAAAUAAUGACUUUCUCUGCAUUCAUGGAGGUAUUCCUCCACGAAAAGCUAGUUACAUUGAAGACUUAGUUUUGAUGCUGCCUCAGAACAUUUGGGAUAACCUCUAUAGCAGGUAUGGAGGAGGACCCGCGGUCAACCACCUGUACAUCUGUCACACCUGCCAGAUCGAGGCCGAGAAGAUUGAGAAACGAAGAAAAACUGAACUGGAAAUUUUUAUUCGGCUCAACAGAGCAUUUCAAGAGGAGGACUCUCCGGCAACUUUUUAUUGUAUCAGUAUGCAGUGGUUUAGAGAAUGGGAGAGUUUCGUGAAGGGUAAGGACGGAGAUCCUCCAGGUCCUAUCGACAACACUAAAAUUGCAGUCACUAAAUGUGGUAAUGUGAUGCUCAAGCAAGGAGCAGACUCUGGUCAAAUUUCAGAAGAAACAUGGAAUUUCCUGCAGUCCAUAUAUGGUGGAGGGCCUGAAGUUAUUCUUCGACCUCCGGUGGUUCAUGUGGACCCCGAUGUACUGCAAGCAGAGGAGAAGAUUGAAGUAGAAACUCGGUCGUUGUAGUUGAGGGUCCAGAGCUCUAACGAGAAGUCGUCCGCACUUGCACGCGCAUUCAAGUCAUUCCUUAAAGCAUGUUUAUUUCUUUGAUUUUUCACCUUUUGUCACAUUUAUUCCUUUGUACUGGGCAUUAUGGGAGGGUAUGUUUAAAUGUGUAAUAUAAGUUGGUAAUAUUUAAAUAACUUACCAUGUCUUUCAGUGUACUGUUUAGGUUCUCUGACUUUGGUUCUGGGCAGACCCAGGUGCCCUCUUCAGUGAUGUAAAUACUUCUUCUUGAAAACCUUUUCAUUACCCUAAGCCAAUC